ACCGGAUGAAGCUGAGGAGAUCGCUCUGACGUGUGACUCACUUGGUUUCUCCUGUAAGGCUGUGGAAAUGACACCCAUAGUGCAUCUGUUGUUGCUCGGGUCCCUACUUUGCAUUGCUGCAGGGAAAGACCUGGAGGAGAAGAAGGGCCCGUUUGUGGAUGUUCAGUUAGACGUGACCGAGGCAACGCCAGUGCCCUAUCCAGUAUAUCAGUUUCAGGUACCUGAAGGCGCUAAUAGUUUCAAGCUGAAUGGAGAAGGCACAGACAUUUUUAGAAUGUCAAAGGAUGGCUGGCUUUACCUGGAGAAACCUCUGGACUGGUCUCAAGCAACCCACUAUGCAUUCAAUGUGGAGGCAGUGGCAGAUGAAGAUCUAGUGGAUGGGCCAAUACUUGUGUCCAUAAAUGUUUUGGACGUAAACAACAACGCUCCACGUUUCAACCAGAGCAUUUACACGGCUACGAUUCUGGAAAACAGAUCACCAGUCUUCCCCUUCAUCCGGGUUUUUGCUUCUGACCGUGACGACCCAGAGACUCCGAACGCUCAGCUGCGCUACAGCCUGGUCAGCCAGAUCCCCAGCCACAAAAACACAUUCUUGUUUCAGAUCGACCCAGACACCGGAGACAUUUCCACCACACCAGAGGGAGAAGAGAUGCUGAAGGCCAGUGAAGGAAUCCAAUAUGCCAGAGGAGAAGAUCAGAGCAUUGAUUCCCUAAAGGCAAAGUUCAACGACUAUUGCACGGUCCAGGACAUCCCAUAUGAGGAAAACCCAUUCUUCACCUGUGUGGAGAGACAAGAGAUUAAGAGGCGUAAUUUGGACCCGCUGGAGGACCCCGACUACACCCUAUUUAUCCGUGUGGAGGACAUGGACGGAGCCACAGAGACAGCUCUGAGUGGAACUGCCAGAGUUCACAUUGCUGUGCUGCCCAACCUGUGGCGCAACCCCGGGCAAAUAACUAUUGCGGAGAAUUUAAAAGUAGAUUAUCCCCAUGUCAUUGCAAAGGUCCAGUCUAAUGAUCCCAAUGCCAUCUACACAUUAGUGCAGAAGGAGCGAGAGCUGCGCUUCCCCUUCCAGAUCACAGAAAAUGGAGAGAUACUGGUGACAGAGGAGCUGGAUAGAGAAGACAAAGAGAUGUACAUCUUAGUUGUGUUUGCAAAAGACAACAGUGACAAAACUGUGGAUCCACCCAUGGAGAUUCCUGUUUUGGUGUUGGAUAAGAAUGACAACCAGCCAAUGUGUUCAGAGGGGGAUACUUUACUGGAGGUGCAGGAGAACGAGCCGAUAGGCAGCUUCAUUGGACGGGUAUCUGCCCAUGAUGACGAUAAAGAAGGAACUUUGAAUUCUAAGCUGACUUACACCCUCAGGACAGAAGAUCCAUCCAUCCUUAGCACCUUCUCUAUCGACGAAAACUCUGGAGAUAUCCAGGCCCUGCGCUUACUUCAGAGAAGAGAGGGGAAAGUUUACAACCUGGAAGUCAGUGUCAGUGAUGCAGAUUUCACCACAAACUGCAAGGUGACCAUCAAUGUGAUCGACGUGAACAACGAGCUGCCUCUUUUUGAAAAGACCCACUACGGUAACCACUCUCUAACUGAGGACGCUGAGGUGGGCAAAACGGUGAUGACCAUCAGAGCCACUGACGCAGACGAGCCAGAUUCCGGCAGCUCCUACAUCCUUUUCAACAUCUCCAAAGGAAACGACGGAGAUGUAUUUGAUGUGCAAACUGAUGGCCAAGGAGUCGGUUACGUUGUCAUUGCAAAGCCCCUGGACUUUGAGUCCCUUCAUACCUACAACCUCCAGAUUGAUGCGCGCAACAAAGAGCCCCUGAUGGAGGGUCUGCAUUACGGCAGCGACUCCACAGCCACCCUGACCCUGUCCAUCACAGAUGUGGACGAAGCCCCAGAGUUCAGCCUAGAUGUCCUGGACGUGGCAGUUCCUGAAAACUUUACUAAGGGAUCAGUUCUGUAUGCAGUGAAGGCAAAGGACCCAGAGGGGAAGGAGAUCGGGUUCAAGCUGGAUGGCGAUGCUCAGGGCUGGCUAGAGAUUGACGCUGCCUCCGGAGAGAUCAGGACCAAAGAAAAGCUGGACAGAGAGAAAGUGGAGACCUUUGAUCUCACUGUCACUGCGUUUGAGAAAGAUAACCCAGAGAAGUCAUCUGAAACCGUUGUCCACGUGCGGCUACUGGAUGUCAACGACAAUGUUCCCAAACUGACUGAGACCAAGACCUUCCUGUGCAUGCAGAACAUUAAACCUGUCAUCAUCACAGCUGAAGAUGGGGACAGCGACCCUUUUUCCCGUCCUUUCAAUUUCAGCUUCACAAAGAAAUCUGCCAACUGGAAGCUGAGGCAAAUCGAUGAAUCAUCGGCUGAACUGCAGUUGGUCAAAAAACCCCUCAGAGAAGGAACGUACUCUCUUAAGAUCACCGUUAAAGACAAAGCAGGCAUGGGAGUUCCACAGCUCUUUGAGGUAAAAAUUUGCAACUGCACAUCCAUGGGCUACUGCUACGUCGCACCACAUGGAUUGGACUUUAAACCUCAGAUGGGACUCACUGUCGGGAUCUUCAUAGGCAUUCUGGGAUUCAGCAUUAUCCUCUUCAUCAUAGCGGUCAAGCGCUCAGCUAAAAAGAACAAGAAUCAGGCGGAAGACGGGGAGCAGAAACCCAUGAUGUAAAGAGAAGCAUGUGAAGUUUUAUUUAUAUACUGAAGUGUCACAAAUUACCUUGAAGAAGUUUUGGAAGUUGUACCACAUGCACACAGCCUGUUUUAGCAUUUUUUGCCACAAACCCAAAGCAUGCAUCUAUCUUUAUUUUUUUUUUUGGUGAGAAUGUUUAGUCGUUAUUGUUUAUAUGUGUUUCUGGUACCUUUUAACAGCAGGAGCUGAUGCCUCACAGACAGCUCAAACAAUUUUAUUCCCAGUGAGCAUCUUCACUGCUUAGUAAACAGAGGAAAUCACAGACGCAAUUGAACAAACUUAAAGAAAAUCUUUUUUUUUCACUUUCACAUCUUCAGAUGCUGUUUUAUUUCAGCCUUUUUUUAUUCAAACGAUUUAUGAGUGGAGUUUGAUUAUUAGGUGCUGUGCAUGCUAAAUUCACUUGGUAGGCCAGCUGAUCGUUCUCACAGCUUGUUGACUUAAUGUAUUAAAACGACACUGGCUGGUUCAUUAGCAGUUUCAUGGUUUCCUAUGAUUUAAUGUGUUGGAUUUUUUUUUUUUUUCCCACUCACCCAGUGUCUGUAGGUGUUAAGCAACAUGUUAAUGAACAAUUACUGGAUCAUUUUUUUUUGUAAAGUGCAGCUACUGCUCUUUUUUCCCAAUUAAACAGAACUUGGGAUUUAC